AUGGAAAUGGAGAAGAAAACAGAAGAAACAGCUCUACAUUCAUCCUCACCGGACCCAGAAACUCAACCCCCAGCAAAACCCAAAAACAAACACAGACGCCGCAACAUUUGUCUCGCUUCAACCGCCGCAACCAUCGUCCUAAUCGUCGUGAUCAUCGUAAUUUUAGCAUUCACAGUCUUCAAAGCUAAACAACCCAUCACCCAAAUCGACUCCAUGUCCUUACAGAACCUCGACGUCGCCUUAGAUGUUGCAAGACUCGGAGUUGAUUUGAAUAUGACGUUGGACGUUGAUCUAACGGUCAAGAAUCCAAACAAAGUGAGCAUGAAGUACAAGAACGGGUUGGCUUUGUUGAAUUAUAGGGGCGAACUCGUCGGCGAAGUUCCUAUUCCUGCUGGGAAAAUGGGCUCUGACGAGACCCGGCCCAUGAAUGUGACGGUGACGGUGAUGGCGGAUCGGUUGUUGUCUAACUCGCAGCUUUUUACGGAUGUUAUGUCGGGGAAGUUGACGAUGAGUGCUUUGAUUAAACUUUCGGGUAAAGCUGCGAUUUUGAAUUUUAUUAAGAUUAGUGUGGAUACGACGACCACUUGUGAUAUUACUGUGUUUGUCGCUAAUGCCACUGUUGCUGAUCAGAAGUGCAAAACUAAGGCUAAAAUUUAG